AUGGGGAAUCGUAAGAAAAAAACGAACCUGAAGUCAAAGACAAAGGAUCAAAAGAGUUUCCGAGAAUCAUUCAUGAAACAGUUUCAAAAACAUCUCACCAAGUUGUUGGUGUUUGUAACACUGUUAGGUCUAUUUGUUUCAUCUUUUUAUUUCGAUUCUUUUGAGAAGGAAAAACAGGUUAGUUUUCAGGAGUUCAGGAACGAGCUUUUGAAACCUAGGUUAGUUGACCAUAUUGUUGUCUCCAGCAAAGGUUUCGCUGAAAUUUAUGCUAGGAAGUUUUAUCCUAAUCAAACUGAGGUUGAUGUACACCUAGGGAAGAGAUCUGGUGGCAAAUAUGUUGGUUUUUUCUAUAUUGCCAGUGUUCACUCUUUUGAGAAGAAAUUAGAGAGAGCUCAGAAAGAACUAGGCAUUGACCCUGAUGAUUUUGUUCCUGUUAUUUAUUCUUCCGGUAUUUUUUUGUUCUCCGAGUUUAUAGGUGUAGUUUCAGGUAUAAUGCCUUUGGUAUUUCUCGUUUAUAUGAGUGGAAUAUAUAAGAUGUUUGCACCACAAUUUGUCAAAGUAGACAAAAAUGCCAAAAACAAGGUCUAUUUUAAAGAUGUUGCUGGAUGUGAUGAGGCGAAGCAAGAAAUUAUGGAUUUUGUUCACUUUCUCAAGAAUCCUAAGAAAUAUCAAGAGCUUGGUGCCAAAAUUCCGAAAGGGGCUCUUCUGGUGGGUCCUCCGGGUACAGGGAAAACCCUUUUAGCUAAAGCAACUGCCGGGGAGUCUGGUGUGACGUUUCUUUCCAUAACUGGUUCUGAAUUCAUGCAAUUGUUUGUUGGUGUUGGAGUAUCUAGGGUAAAAAGUUUGUUUAGGGAAGCAAGGAAGUAUGCUCCUAGUAUAAUAUUUAUUGAUGAGAUUGAUGCAAUUGGUCGGUCUAGGGCCGGCGAAGGUCAAUCGGGUUCCCGUGCAAAUGAUGAGCGUGAAAAUACUUUAAAUCAAUUGUUGGUGGAGAUGGAUGGUUUUGGGACCACUGCUGGAGUUAUUGUGCUGGCAGGUACAAAUAGACCUCAAGUAUUAGACAAAGCGUUGCUUAGGCCCGGGCGUUUUGAUCGCACAAUAACAGUCGAUAAACCCGACGUCAACGGCCGUGACCAGAUAUUUCAGAUUUACUUGGAAAGGAUCAAACUUGACCACAAGCCUUUAUAUUAUUCGCAAAGGCUUGCAUCCCUUACUCCAGGAUUUGUUGGAGCAGACAUUGCGAGUGUUUGCAAUGAAGCUGCUCUGAUUGCUGCAAGGACCGAAGAAGCACAUGUCACCAUGAAUCAUUUCGAGGAAGCUAUUGAUAGGAUUAUUGGUGGCUUGGAGAAGAAAAACAAAGUAAUAAGUAAGCUGCAAAGGCGUACCGUUGCUUACCAUGAAGCAGGUCAUGCUGUUGCAGGUUGGUUCUUGGAACACACUGAGCCAUUGUUGAAAGUAACUAUUAUUCCUCGCGGAGCAGCAGCUCUUGGGUUUGCCCAGUAUGUUCCUAAUGAGGACGUUCUCAUGACAAAGGAGCAGCUUUAUGAUAGGACUUGUAUGACCCUUGGUGGCCGGGCUGCUGAAAAGAUUCUUAUUGGGACAAUCUCUACAGGAGCACAAGAUGACUUGGAGAAAGUCACCAAGAUGACAUAUGCUCAAGUAGCCGUCUAUGGUUUCAGCAAAAAAGUUGGCCUCCUAUCUUUCCCUCAGAAAGAGGACUCAUAUGAGAUGUCUAAACCAUACAGCAGCAAAACUGGUGCAAUCAUUGAUUCUGAAGUGCGCGAAUGGGUGGACAAGGCAUAUGAGCGUACGAUAAAACUUAUUACAGAACACAGAGAGAAAGUGGCUGAAAUAGCCGAGUUGCUGCUCGAAAAAGAAGUACUUCACCGAGAUGACUUACUUCAAGUCUUGGGUGAGCGACCCUUCAAGAGUGCUGAGAUAGCUAAUUAUGAUAGAUUUAAGCUAGGAUUUCACAAUGAAGAGAAGGUUGCAGAAACCACCGUCGAUAGAGCCUGA